AACUUGAAAAGUAGCUACAAAUUUUAUCACCAAUUUUGUUGUAGUGUUGUUGAGAGACCGACUACUUUUUGAAUUCAAAAUAAUUUUCGUUCGCCGUAGAGUUGUAUCAUUAUCAAAAUAAUCUAUCGGUUCAGGUUCUGAAUUGCUUGUUUGAUUAUUCCAGUAGGUAGUUAUAACAAAGCAAUGGGCGAAGAAAAAGACGUCAAAGAAAGGGACCGCAGUAGAGAACAACAUGGUGAAAAAGACAGACGUAAACGAUCCCGUUCCCGUGAACACAGACGCAGAUCUCGCUCAAGAAGUAGGGAACGCGCUGACCGGCCUGACCGUAGAAGAAGAAGUCGCUCAGGAUCCCCUAGACACAACAAAAGUAGUGCAUACUCGAGACGUCGUAAGCCUUCUCUCUAUUGGGAUGUCCCACCUCCAGGCUUUGAACACAUUACACCACUUCAGUAUAAAGCUAUGCAAGCUGCUGGUCAAAUUCCUGCUAAUAUAGUUGCUGAUACCCCUCAAGCUGCAGUGCCUGUGGUAGGUUCAACUAUCACCAGGCAAGCCAGAAGAUUGUAUGUUGGUAACAUUCCAUUUGGUGUCACUGAAGAAGAAAUGAUGGAAUAUUUCAAUCAACAAAUGCAUUUGAGUGGUUUGGCUCAAGCUGCUGGAAAUCCAGUUCUUGCUUGUCAAAUAAAUCUGGACAAGAAUUUUGCAUUUUUGGAAUUUAGGUCCAUAGAUGAAACUACUCAGGCUAUGGCUUUUGAUGGUAUAAAUUUCAAAGGUCAGAGUUUGAAAAUUCGUAGACCUCAUGAUUAUCAACCUAUGCCUGGUAUGUCUGAAAGCUCCAUUGCUGUACCAGCUGGUGUAAUUAGUACUGUGGUACCAGAUUCUCCACACAAAAUAUUCAUUGGAGGUCUUCCAAAUUACCUAAAUGAAGAUCAGGUUAAGGAACUACUCAUGUCCUUUGGAGGGCUCAGGGCAUUCAAUCUCGUGAAAGACACUGCUUUUGGACUAAGCAAAGGUUAUGCAUUUGCCGAAUACAUUGACAUCACUAUGACUGAUCAGGCGAUUGCUGGUUUGAAUGGUAUGCAACUGGGCGACAAGAGAUUGAUUGUACAGCGAGCCAGUGUUGGUGCUAAAAACACCACUGUGUUACCUGCCGUGCAGAUUCAGGUACCGGGACUCAGUCUUGUUGGAGCAUCAGGACCACCCACUGAAGUCCUAUGCCUUCUCAAUAUGGUAACUCCUGACGAAUUGAAAGAUGAAGAGGAAUAUGAAGACAUACUGGAAGAUAUCAAAGAAGAGUGCAACAAGUACGGUGUUGUAAGGAGUAUAGAAAUUCCGAGACCUAUUGAAGGAGUCGAGGUUCCUGGAUGUGGAAAGGUGUUCGUUGAGUUCAAUUCAGUAUUGGAUUGUCAGAAAGCACAACAAACUUUGACUGGAAGGAAAUUCAGCAAUCGUGUUGUUGUUACUUCAUACUUCGAUCCAGAUAAGUAUCACAGGAGAGAAUUUUAAGAAUAAUAAUAUAAUGGUAAGACUAUGAAUGUAUUGGAAUAAUAAUUAUUGUUUGUGCAUCUUGUCCAUUGUAGAAAUAAAUUCUGAUUUUAAAAUAAAUACAUGUGCAACUU